AUGAUGAGUCACGUGGCGCGCCACACACUGGGCGUGGGUGGUGUGGUCUCAGAGCCGAGUCACAUGAUACCGCUUUUCUCCUGGUUCCUGCGCGUGCCGGCUCAGUCAGUGUGCGGUGGCUGCGCGGGGCCCAGCAGCAGGAUGAGUAUCUCGCGCUGGUCGCUGCUGGCGGUCACUGCCGCUGCGGCGCUCGCGGCGCUGGCCGAGGACCCGUUUGGAGAAGACUGCAGAAGUAAAACAUAUCCUCCUACAGGACCAACAUUUAAAGGGACGGUUCCUAUAUACAUCAUAAAUCUUGAUUUACCACCCAGCAGAAGAUGGGAUAAGUUGAUGAGGGACAAAAAAAUGGAGUUGAAGACUGUAAUUCAGAGUAUUAAAAAUAUAGCAAAUGCAUUCGUCCCUAGUGGCAAAGCGGUUGAAAUAGUGGAUACUAAGUUGGUUCGGCUGAUUUCCACCCUUCCCUACCCUUUCAAUGAAGAGCUCAAAGGGAUUGCAAAUGCUUCGGGCAUUCCUUUGGGAGAAAUUGUUCUGUUUAAUAUCUUCUAUGAAAUCUUUACAGUAUGCACUUCAAUAGUAGCAGAAGACAAAUCAGGAAAGCUGUACCAUGCUAGAAAUUUAGAUUUUGGACUAUUUCUGGGGUGGGACAUAAAAAAUAGUUCCUGGAUUAUAACUCGGGAACUGAAGCCCUUAGUGGUGACUCUGGACUUCCAGAGAAACAACAAAACAGUAUUUAAGUCUACAAACUUUGCAGGAUAUGUGGGCAUGGUGUCUGGAAUCAAACCAGGAAUUUUCACUCUUACAAUGAAUGAGCGCUUCAGUCUUGAUGGUGGCUACAUUGGAAUCUUUGAGUGGAUUCUUGGGAGGAGAGAUGGUAUGUGGAUGGGUUUCCUCACCAGAACUGUGCUAGAGAACGGUACAAGUUAUCAAGAAGCAAAGGACCAGCUGGUUAAAACAAGACUACUGGCUCCAGCUUACUUCAUACUGGGCGGAAACAAAUCUGGAGAGGGCUGUGUGAUCACUCGUAGCAGACAAGCUGCCUUGGAUGUCUGGGACCUUAAUGCAAACAGGGGCACAUGGUACGUGUUGGAAACAAACUAUGAUCGUUGGAAGGCUCCCCUUGUCUUGGAUGACCGUAGAACACCUGCAAUGAAGUGCAUGAACCAGACAAAGCAAGAGAACAUCUCCCUACCAGCCAUCUAUGAUGUUCUCUCCACAAAGCCUAUCUUAAAUAAGCUGACUGUGUGCACAACACUGAUGGAGGUUUCGGAAGGCCGUUCAGAAAGUUACCUGCGGGAGUGCAUAGGUUCCUGUAGUCCAUGGUGAUCCUUCACCCAUCUGGAAUGAGCUCUGCCUGUUGGAAUUGGAUACCCUUCAAUAAAAAUAACUGUACCUCUGGAAAGGGGCUCUUCAGCCUACAGAUUUUUCAUCAGAAGUUUGAUAGAAGCUCGAUAGCUAUCUGCAGAUAGCUAAGAAUAGAUCCAAUGUAGGACAGGUCAUCCAUCUGCUUCCUUAAUUAUUGACCGUUCAGACAACUAGCGUUCUUUUGUUUCUACUUCCAAGUAUCUUUGCUGUAAGUGUAAUACAACAAUCACCUAUUAGUCCCUUCUAAUUUGUUACCACAAUUGUUCACUAUCUGAAAAUUCCUUUUUUAGAGUAUAUGCUUUUAAACUACAAAAUUGCAUUAGCAUGGCACCCUCUCCCAGUAUGAGAAAACUGGGAAUGGUGUAAAAAAGGCAGUUGAUUAAAUGAGUUCUUACUCUCUUUUCACAAUAACAAAAUUAAGAGUUUAUAUUGUUUGGAAGAAUGUUUAAUGCAGCUAUUCCAUUAUUAAGGAUGUAUUUCUAAAAUGUCUGUGUGUAAAAUGACCUAUCCAUAAAGAAGCUCCUAUUACAAUAAACAAGCUGUUGGGGAA